AUGUUGUGCUUGCUACUGCUCUCGUACGUCGGGUACACAUACACAUCUUUCUGCGGAAACUCAGCUGUUCCUUUUAGUUUAGAGAUAUUACCUGAUGGCCAGCCUAUUGCCAACCAAUGCAAACUUUUUCAGACAUGCGACAAAACAUUUGAAUCGGGGUCAUGUUCGUCGGAAAAUCAGUGGGUCGGUGGAAUAGUGCCUCUUCUCAAUGUUUCAUCAUCGUCAACCGUUUAUCAAUGUUGCACAUAUGAACCUCUUCGAAUUGCUACCGAUGUCGGACUUGCCACAAUUGGUUCCGGGCAAUUUGUACAUGGCGGAGAAGUCUUUAAAUACGGACAACAAUAUGCUUUUGACUAUAUUAGAAACAUUGAAAAGAAAUACGAUAUAAACUUGAAAGUCAAAUACGAAGUCACAUUAGGAAGAUUUCCCUGCUUGCCUCCAGGCGAUAUCAACGAAACCAUAACUGAAGUCAUUGAUGCUAAAAACGCGAUUCGCGAGUUCAAUGAUUAUGAGGUUCGUAAAGCAAUUGCAUUCGAUGAACCAAAUGUGGAAGUUGGACCUAACGAGCAAAUUCCUAUAAACGGAGCCGAAAUUGAAAAUGCAGCCCCACAACCAGCUGUAAAUGAAGAACUUGUUGUCCAACCAGCCAUUCAAGAAAGUGUACAACCACAGGAGACAGUAGUUGUGGAAGAAAUAGUUGCUCAGUCCGCUCCCGCUCCAGCUCCAGCUCCUGUUCAAGUUGCAGCUCCUGCAUACUCUGGAUACUCAUAUUUCCAACCAUCUCAAAUGUUGUACUGUUUCACAGCCGACAGUACAGUAAAAACAAUUGCGGGAGAAAUCAAACGAAUGGAUGAGUUGGAGGUUGGGGAAUGGAUUAUGGGAAUAGGAGAUACUGGUAUUGAAUUCUUCCCAGUAACAUUCUGGAUACACAGGGUUCCAGAUAUGUUCGCACAAUUCCGAAGGAUUCAACUGUCGGACGGUUCCGAAAUCAAACUUACUGAUUACCAUAAUAUAUACAAAGCUGAUUGUCAUAAUAUUGGGGAGCAAAUGAAAAAUUCUAAAAUUUUAAAAAAAUAUUCGGCGCUCGCAAAGGAUAUUCAAGUUGGAGAUUGCUUAUACACCACGUUAUUUGAUACAAUUAAAGUGGCGAAAGUGAAACGAAUUUCGGCAUUUAAUUCAACGGGAAUUUAUUCGCCAAUGACUUCAUGCGGAAAUAUUGUUGUCAAUGAUGUGUAUGCUUCUUGUCAUACCACCGUUAACAACUUUGCUAUGCAGAACUCAUUCUUUACUCUUAUCAACGAAUUCAAUACUUUAAUCUCGUCAAUAUUUGGAAUAAGCGCAACGAGAGAUUUACCAAUGGGAUUAUCGAUUGUUGCGGAAUUACUAAAUUUGGUUGUCCCUGGAAGUCUUAUUUUUUAA